AGGGGGCGGGGCUAAAGUCUUGUAAAUGACAGCUCAGCUGGCCGACCACCUCCACUCAUCUCAUCACUGUCACAGAAAAUAAUUCAAGAUGAAUAGUGAAGUCAAUGACAAUCUCCAAGCCAUUCACAGGAGCCCUCAUCCUCCAGGUUCUAUACUGCUGGAAGAAAAGGAGAAGAAAACAAUUCCUCUACAAAAACAAGUAGCCAAAAAAAUUAAGGAGACAUGUAGCUGCUCACCUAGUAAAGCCAAAGACACUUUCUUCGGUUUCCUGCCUGUGCUACGAUGGCUACCCAAAUACAAACUAAAAGAAAACCUACUGGGAGAUUCCAUGUCUGGACUUAUAGUGGGCAUCCUGCUGGUUCCGCAGUCUAUAGCCUAUUCACUUCUUGCUAAUCAGGAGCCCAUCUAUGGCCUUUACACCUCAUUCUUUGCCUGCAUUAUUUAUUUCUUAAUGGGAACCUCUAAACAUAUUCACGUUGGAAUAUUUGGAGUACUUUGUUUAAUGGUGGGUGAAGUUGUGGACCGGGAACUGCAAGCCGCAGGUUACGACAAACUGGAAGGUCAAGGAAGCCAUUCCGUAAAUGUUUUAGUAGGAAAUGAGACACUUAAUAUCAAUCAGACUUUAACGAUGGAAUGUGAUAAAAGCUGUUAUGCGAUUAGGGUAGGAGCUACAGUAACAUUCAUGGCCGGAGUCUAUCAGGUACUAAUGGGAAUUCUGCAAGUGGGCUUUGUUUCUGUAUACCUGUCGGACUCCUUGCUUAGUGGAUUUGCAACAGGUGCAUCAUUCACAAUCCUUACAUCUCAAAUAAAAUAUCUUUUAGGCUUAAGUAUACCACGUGCCAAUGGAAUUGGCUCUUCUAUAUAUACUUGGAUGUAUAUCUUCCAGAACAUUCACCUGACCAACAUUUGUGAUCUUGUUACCAGCAUUUUGUGCCUUUUAGUUCUGAUUCCAACCAAAGAACUUAAUGAAUGUUUCAAGUCCAAGCUUAAGGCUCCAAUCCCUGUUGAACUCUUUGUAGUUGUCGGGGCGACUCUUGCCUCUCACUUUGGUCAUCUCAAAGAACAAUAUGGCUCUAGUAUUGCAGGGCAUAUCCCUACUGGAUUUCUAAUGCCAAAGCCACCAGAAUGGAACCUAAUUCCCAAUGUUGCUUUAGGGGCUUUGUCCAUUGCAAUAAUUGGAUUUGCAAUCACGGUCUCCCUCUCAGAGAUGUUUGCUAAGAAACAUGGGUAUGAGGUGAAGGCCAAUCAGGAAAUGUACGCUAUUGGAUUCUGCAAUAUCAUCCCAUCAUUUUUUCAUUGCUUUACCACAAGUGCCGCACUUGCCAAAACACUAGUUAAAGAGUCUACUGGCUGCAAAACUCAAAUCUCAGGAAUUAUGACCUCUCUGAUCAUUCUGCUUGUCCUCUUGGUAAUAGCUCCUCUUUUCUAUUCACUUCAGAAAUGUGUUUUGGGGGUUAUAACCAUAGUAAAUUUAAGAGGUGCUCUCAGAAAGUUUUUAGAUUUGCCCAAGAUGUGGAAAGUAAACAAAGUGGACACUGUCAUUUGGUUGGUUACCAUGUUUGCAUCUGCAGUAAUUAGCACUGAGCUUGGACUUUUGAUUGGUAUCGCAUUUUCUAUGGUUUGUGUCAUUGUAAGAUCUCAAACACCAACAUCAUCAUUAUUAGGUAGGGUGGAAGCUUCUGAAGUUUAUGAGUCUAUGACUGUCUACAAGGAUCUCAACACCACAAAAGGUGUCCCGGUGUUUCGAUUUGAAGCCCCACUGUAUUAUGUGAACAAACAUUCUUUCAAAUCAGCACUGUAUAAACAUAUUGGAGUGGAUCCGCUUUUGGUGGCUACAGCAGAAAAGAAAGCAGCAAAAAAGAAAGAGAAACUAAACAAAAAGAAUGUCAUUAUAGAGAGCAAAUUUGCUGAGGUGGAAACUUUUUUGCAUCUCUACCAGGAACAAAUGCCCCUACAUUCCGUAGUUAUUGAUUGUAGUGCAAUUCAGUUCAUAGACACUGCAGGUCUAAACACUUUAAAAGAGGUCGUAAAAGAUUAUAAUGAAAUUGGGGUCCGUGUUUUGCUGGCCCAGUGCAAUAUGUCUAUGAGGAAUUCUCUUAGAAAUGGUGAUUAUUUUAAAAAGGAAGAAGGUUUCUUGGUAUUUUAUAGCAUCCAUCAGGCUGUGCAGUAUGCACUAUAUGCACAGGAGCAAAAAGAUGCUUGUGUGAACGGGUCUGCUGUUUGAUUGCACUUCUAGUUUACAGUUCCAGCAGGUGGUGCUAUAUGUUA